CUCCUACUGCCUCUCUGUUCGUUAGUCGUCUUUGUCGUUCCCCGCGAACCCCACUGGGAAGCACAUAUCAGGGUUAGGGUUAGGGUUAGGGUUAGCGUUAGCGGUGGGGGUCAGGUUAAAUCGCUCCUGCCAAUCUACCUACUCCGCUCCAUGGCAGUAGUACUCUUCGCCCACCCUCUUUGAUGCCACCCCCUCGUCAUGUAUAAAGCUGCCUCCUUUGGCCUCUUCCGCGCCCCCUCCGCCCUCCUCCUCCGCGCCUCCUCCGCUGCUCCUCCGAUACCCAAAACCCUCACUCCUUCCUCUCUGAUUGGAUCGAGAUCGAGCAGUUACUCCAAGUCUUGUAGUGUUUGGCAACGAUCGGGGCUCGGAUCGUGCGCUUCGUGGCGGUACGGUUCGGAUUGGAGGUCUCCGCUUAGCCUCAGGGCGCAGAUCAGGAGCUCCGCCGCGGUGAUCGAGCGGUUCGAGCGGAAAAUGGCGACUGUUGCUACUGAGAAUCCCUUCAAGGAUAUCUUAACGGGCCUUUCGAAGCCUGGAGGCGGUGAACAUGGAAAAUACUACAGUUUGCCUGGGCUGAAUGAUCCAAGGAUUGAUCGACUUCCGUAUUCCAUCCGCAUACUUCUUGAGUCAGCAAUUCGCAAUUGUGAUAACUUCCAGGUCACGAAAAAUGAUGUUGAGAAGAUAAUUGAUUGGGAGAAUACAGCUCCAAAGUUUGUCGAGAUCCCCUUCAAGCCUGCUCGGGUUCUUCUGCAGGAUUUCACUGGUGUACCAGCCGUUGUUGACCUUGCUUGCAUGCGCGAUGCCAUGAAUAAGCUCGGCAGUGAUUCUAACAAAAUCAACCCUUUGGUUCCAGUGGAUCUUGUUAUUGACCACUCAGUGCAGGUAGAUGUUGCAAGAUCAGAGAAUGCAGUGCAGGCAAAUAUGGAGCUUGAAUUCCGAAGGAACAAAGAAAGGUUUAGUUUCCUCAAAUGGGGAUCUACUGCUUUUCAUAAUAUGCUUGUUGUUCCUCCCGGUUCUGGUAUUGUUCACCAGGUUAAUCUGGAAUAUCUUGGUCGAGUUGUUUUCAACACCGAUGGGGUUCUGUAUCCAGAUAGUGUGGUUGGCACUGAUUCCCACACUACUAUGAUUGAUGGAUUAGGAGUUGCUGGAUGGGGAGUUGGAGGGAUUGAAGCAGAGGCUGCGAUGCUUGGUCAGCCUAUGAGUAUGGUUUUGCCUGGUGUAGUUGGGUUCAAGUUGUCUGGAAAAUUACGAAAUGGUGUGACUGCAACUGACUUAGUUUUGACGGUCACCCAAAUGUUGAGGAAGCAUGGUGUCGUUGGCAAGUUUGUUGAAUUUUAUGGUGAAGGUAUGGGUGAGCUGUCAUUGGCUGAUAGGGCAACAAUUGCUAAUAUGUCCCCUGAAUAUGGAGCUACUAUGGGUUUCUUCCCUGUGGAUCAUGUCACCUUAAACUAUCUCAAAUUGACAGGAAGAAGUGAUGAAACUGUAUCAAUGAUUGAGGCGUAUUUGCGAGCUAACAAGAUGUUUGUGGACUACAGUGAGCCUCAAAAAGAAAGAGCAUAUUCAUCUUAUCUGGAGUUAGACCUUGCAGAUGUUGAGCCUUGUAUUUCGGGUCCAAAAAGGCCUCAUGACCGUGUUCCUUUGAAAGAAAUGAAAUCAGAUUGGCAUGCUUGUCUGGAUAAUAAAGUUGGGUUCAAGGGUUUUGCCGUACCAAAAGACUUGCAAGAGAAAGUUGUGAAGUUCGAUUUUCAUGGACAUCCCGCAGAAAUCAAGCAUGGCAGUGUUGUCAUAGCUGCAAUAACUAGCUGCACCAAUACGUCAAACCCUAGCGUUAUGCUUGGUGCUGGUCUUGUUGCGAAAAAGGCCUACGAACUAGGCCUUGAGGUCAAGCCAUGGGUUAAAACAAGCCUUGCGCCAGGUUCUGGAGUUGUAACUAAAUAUUUGCUUAAGAGUGGCCUUCAAGAGUAUUUGAAUAAGCAAGGGUUUCAUAUUGUUGGAUAUGGCUGCACUACAUGUAUUGGAAACUCUGGAGAUCUUGACGAGUCCGUUGCUGCUGCAAUUUCAGAUAAUGAUGUUGUUGCUGCUGCUGUUCUUUCCGGCAAUAGAAACUUCGAGGGUCGGGUGCAUCCCUUGACUCGAGCAAACUAUCUUGCCUCACCACCACUUGUUGUAGCAUAUGCGCUUGCUGGCACGGUUGACAUUGACUUCGAGAAGGAGCCGAUCGGAGUAGGAAAAAAUGGCAAGAAUAUUUACUUCAAGGAUAUAUGGCCAUCAACUGAAGAAAUUGCAGAGGUUGUUCAGUCUAGUGUAUUGCCUGAUAUGUUCAAGAGCACAUAUGAAGCAAUCACCAAAGGCAACGCCAUGUGGAACCAGCUGACAGUCCCCGCCACAACCCUUUACUCAUGGGACCCAAACUCUACCUACAUUCACGAGCCCCCGUACUUCAAGGAUAUGACCAUGGCUCCUCCUGGACCCCACGGGGUGAACGAUGCUUACUGCCUCUUAAACUUCGGCGACAGCAUCACCACCGAUCACAUUUCGCCAGCUGGAAGCAUUCACAAGGACAGUCCUGCUGCGAAAUACUUACUUGAAAGGGGUGUGGACCGUAAAGACUUCAAUUCCUAUGGGAGCCGUCGGGGGAAUGAUGAAGUAAUGGCCAGAGGAACUUUUGCGAACAUUCGUCUUGUGAAUAAGCUCUUGAAGGGAGAGGUUGGACCAAAGACUAUUCACGUUCCUACUGGGGAGAAGCUCUAUGUGUUUGAUGUAGCAAUGAGGUACAAGGCCGCUGGUCAUGAUACCAUUGUUUUGGCCGGAGCCGAGUAUGGCAGCGGUAGCUCUCGAGACUGGGCUGCCAAGGGCCCAAUGCUGCUGGGAGUCAAAGCCGUGAUUGCUAAAAGCUUUGAGAGAAUUCACCGGAGCAAUUUAGUAGGGAUGGGCAUUGUCCCCCUUUGCUUCAAGCCAGGUGAAGAUGCUGAUUCGCUUGGCCUCACCGGGCAUGAGAGGUACACAAUAGACCUGCCAAGCAACAUUAGUGAGAUCCGACCUGGACAAGACAUCACUGUUGUUACAGACACUGGAAAGUCUUUCACGUGUACAGUUCGCUUUGACACAGAGGUUGAAUUGGCUUAUUUCAACCAUGGGGGAAUUCUUCCGUUUGUCAUCCGCAAUCUGAUUAAUUCGCAAAAAUAAGCUAAAUAUGACAACUUUUGUCGAGGAACUCUCGUUACAUCUGGUUGUUCUGGUUGGCAUUAGCCUGCUGGCUGCGGUAGCUUUCUAGUAUUGAGGAAUUUUAAUCAUCAAAAAACAUUAACUUCAAAUAAAGCAUAUCAUGAAAGGAGACAAUUUUCCUGCUGUGGGUGUCCGUUGGGUUGGAAAUGAGAAGGAUACUAUAAAUUACUGAGACUUGUUCUCGAAAUGGUAUAUUGUUCACUCGCGGUUUAUAAAAUUUCCGAUUGGCGACUAACUUUGGUGCACUUGA